UUACAGAUACUAUCCAAGCACAAAAACAUUGAUAACACCUAAAACUCCUAAUAUAAUCACAACAUGAAGUAUGAACACACCAAAAAAGCAAGAAAAUAUUCCUUACUUCCAUUCCACUUAAUCUCCUUUCUCUACCAUACUUUUUUCACCUUUAUAUCAAUUCUGACCAUUCUUUAAUCUUCUUCACUUUUUGGCCGGUUGUUUGUCUAUCAUCACACUUCUGUCAUCCAAUUCCAUCUAGAUUCCUUAGCCCAUUACACUCAUCUUUUCCACCCCUUAUAAAUUCUUGCCUCAAGUUAUAAUUUUGGUAAUCAAAUCAAAAUUCUUCACAUGUAAGUAAAAACAAAAUAUUAUCAUUUGAUCCCCUCAUAAAAUGGAUACAACUUAUGCUUCCUCAAACCAUGGAACUUCACAAAGAUCACUAGCUAUGAUAUUGGCUCUAGCCUCAGCUAUUGUGUUAUCUCCUUUAUAUGUGAAUCCAAAGAGUGAUAGGAGAUAUUAUGAAUCAAAAUGGAGCUAUGGUUUUGUUCUGCCUAUGGUUCUUGCUGGACUUAUAAUUGCUAUUAAAAAAACCUCUUCAUCAAGGUCUUCUUCUUAUGUGUCAUCAUCUACAAGUACUUCUUUCUUACCUUCUCAUGAUCCUUCUUUGGUGCUUAGAAUUGGAAGCUCUUCUUGGGGAUUAGCUGGGGUUUUGGUUAUGCUCAUGCUUGUUCUUCAUUGGCAAGCAUCCUUUCAAGAGUUCCUGUGGAAAUAGUUAUAGAUAUGAUGAAGGUUUUAAAUCACAGUCACAAUUGUGGCCACAUCCUGAUAUUUGAUAUUAUAGAAAAUUACGGUCAUAUAUAUUUUAUACGACCUAUAUUGCAGGCGUAUUUUGGUUGUGGAUAUAUCAGCUUCUAUAUUAUAUUUAAGUUGUUUAUUUUUAAGACAAACUGUCCCAAAAUCUAUUGAUCUGACAAAAUUUUAAAAUUAUGUCAUGUAUCUUUUUUUUCAGAUUUAUUUUGCACCUACACGUUUGAAAAUAAAAAAUAGAAUAAAACGUUUUGUACCAAGUAACAAUUUUUAAGAUUCUAGGCAUUUGUAAUUAAUUGGUCAAAUUUGGUUGUAAUGCAAAUCCAAUAAAGUUUUUAAAAUGAAUGGGGACUGUAUUACAUUUGCGUUUGGAA